AGUUCAAAACAAAAUGGCGAAAGCAGUUCACAGCUGAAAUACGGGAACGCGUAGUUUGAUCGUUUCGAUAAUAAUUUAACGUGUUCAAGUGCAACUGUGAUUAAAUUUAUUCCGAUACAAAACACAAAAAUGAACGGUGAAAACGAAGACGAAAGUUGGCUGACGAAUUGGGAGGAACAAUGCGCCAACUCCAUAGAAGAACAACCCGAUUACGAGCAGCAAUUAAUGCAAGAGUGCGAUAACUCUCAUACGAAAAUAUGGAAUUCCUUUCAGGACUCCGCCACGGCUGUUGCACAAUUAUACAGGGAUCGAUAUAUGGGGGAACCUGCAGCCAUUUGGGUACAAUUUCAGACAGCAGCUGGGACUGUAACGUCAUUAUACAAAGAAUCUUGUGAGGGAUUAAAAAAGACCAGUGAACUGGCAAGACAAUCAGGAUAUCAAAAGCGAAAUAACGAAUUAUUAAAUUGGGCCAAAAGGAAACGAAGGUUGAUAAGAAGAGAAGAUUUACUUGCAUAUUUAUCUGGAAAACCACCACCCCCAAGUAGGCAAAAUCACCAUCAUUCCCACCACAGAUUGUCUCCCCGGCCCCGCAACAUAUCCCCGCCGCCAGGUAACGUGCCGAUACCGCCUCCAGGGUCCACCCCCAUCGACUCCAACCUUCACACGUUUAGGGAAGCGCUGGCGGGCUCACCGCUGUCGUGCGUGUCGCGCGGCACCGAUCUGUGCGCCUUUAUCACCGGCGAGAUGGCGCGCCACUGCAAGAGGCCCGCCAGCCCAUCGGACGUCACCAUGGGCAGCCCCACCCAACAAAAAAGACCGAGAUACAUGUGAGAGUUAAGUUACGAAAAUGACUCUGCUAGAGUUUUUAGCAGACAUUUUUUCAUUUCCCUGUGACUAAACGCGUAA